AUGGAAGGAAUAAUCAAGACAAUUCAGAAUCAAAUCAGUCAGAAAGACAACCAGAUUAAGAUGAUUCAGGAAAAUCUCUCAAAACUCUUUGAGGAGAGGGAGGAGUUGAUUAAAUCUUUGAACAUCAUUAUAAAAGCAACUGGCGGAACACCAGUGGAAGAAGAUAAAAAACAAGAGCAAGCAGAAUCAGAAAAGGUAACACUUCCUACUGACAUCAAAGUGGAAGAAAAACAAGACACGUGGUAUGCCAUUUUCAAUGGACCAUUCAGAGGAAUAUACAUUAACUACGCGAUUGUUUCACAACAUACCACCGGAAAGAAGGUUUCAUACCAAGCUUUCCAGAGCAAAGAAGAGGCCCAAAAAGCCCUCAAUGAAUUAUACAAAACCAUGGCACAAAAACAACCAGUUGAACCAAAAGCCCAACUACCCUCUAUAAGAAUACCAAAAAUAGCCCAAAUACCAACCACCCGAGAAAAAGAAGCUAUGAAACAAGUCACCCUCGAAAAAUAUCAGUCAUACUGGGCAUCCCUAUUAGACUACAAAGAAAAACACACCACCAUGGGUUUCUACCCAAAUAUGACCAAAGUCGGACCAAAAGCUAUCUUCAUUGGAGAAGUCAACCCAUUACUACCUUUUGAUUAUCUCCAGCAUGGAUUAGUCGACAGUAUCUAUACUGACUCGAUGAGAAUAUUCGAAGAAUUUCCACGAAAAAUGAAACCAAUCAUCAGAAAUUACUUUGAACGAUUUGCAAAAGAGAGAACUAUUUUCAUGAAGAUUAAGAGCUCAAUUCCGAUCUUCGGAAAAGAUAAGAUUAUACAGUCACAAGCGGUAAUACACCUUGGAGUAGCAAAGGGAGAAUUGCCUCCAAGGGAUAAUGCAUCAGAUUAUGAAAUUCCAGAUGAUUUGGAAGCUCAUUCAUUACUCGAAGUUUUCAAGGCAUCAAGAAGGAUCCUUGCGGAUUCAGAGAUCAAAGUUAAUUAUGCUAGCAGUAAUGUGUUGAUGAUCACCUACAAUAAGGAAACUAUCUUGAAGGAAGAAAUACAAGCAGUAGCAGAUUUCGAAUUAGACUUCUAUCAUUUAGAAGAAAAAUUCGCAGGACUAGAAGAAUCUAUCAAGGAACAGCUCUGCAGCUUUCUAAUGAGAUAUGACGACCAUAAAUGCACUAUCUGCAAGGAGCUAAAAGACAAGAUGAAAAGGACCAUUCAACCACCAUCCGAAAAGUCUGAAGACAUGUGA